AUGGAUGUGUCAAUUCUCUGCGAAUAUUUGUCCAGAACUGCCGUUUGUAACGAAUGUGAAACGCCUGUACAGUGUGGCAUAAAUUUGGAGGACAGUCAAGGAUUUGCCCACAAUUUUGUUUCCUACUGCGAGAAUUGUGACUCUAAGACUAUCCUUUUUAACUCCUCCAAGAAAACUGAAAGAACUGAGAUUGUUAAAGGGAAGAAAACUCCUUUUGAAGUCAAUAGUAGAAUGGUAUCCUUCGUACGUGGAAUAGGUAAGGGUUACACUGCACUAGAAAUCUUUUCAAAACAUUUGAACUCACCACCUCCAAUGACUGCUGCCAACUACGGCAAGCGGCAACAUGCUGCUUCUAAGGCUGUUGCUACUGAAUCAAUGGAGGCUGCUGCCCAAGAUGUGUUGAAGGAGGGAAGGGACUGUGCAGUCUCAUUUGAUGGUACAUGGCAACGGCGAGGCCAUGCAAGUCAUCAUGGAGUUAUAUCGGCCAUCUCUGUUGAUACUGGUAAGUGCGUUGAUGUGGAAAUCCUCUCCAAUAUUUGCAAAGGAUGCCAGCAUUGGGAAAAGGCUGAUAAGAAUUCUGAUAAGUAUUUGCAAUGGAAGGCAGAUCACAAGUGCUCCAGCAAUCAUGUUGGCUCUGCUGGCGCAAUGGAGUCGGUGGGUGCAUUGCGCAUAUUUACCAGGUCUGAAACAACACGAGACCUCCGAUAUACCAAGUAUCUUGGUGAUGGUGACUCAUCUUCCUUCAAGACUGUGUCAGAAAGCAAGCCAUAUGAAGAUAUUGACAACAAACUUGAGUGUGUUGGACAUAUCCAGAAACGGGUUGGCACUCGUCUUCGAAAUCUUCGUAAGGAUUAUAAGGGAAAGAAACUGUCGGACAAUAAAGGUAUUUCAGGAGCAGGGAGACUGACAAUCCAAAGGAUAGACACAUUACAGAAUUUUUAUGGUAUGGCAAUCAGACAAAACAAGGGAGAAUUGGUACCUAUGCAGAGAGCAGUACUUGCCAGUCUUUACCAUGUAGCCAGCACCGAUUCAAAUCCACACAACAUGGCAUGUGCCUAACUAAUUCGUGGUGUAAAUACAAUAAUGAUCCAGAAAAUUACAAGCAAAAGCAUGGAUUAGCAGAUUGUUGAGCAAGCAUGGAUUAGCAGAUUGUUGAGUUGCUUGAGCCCAUCUAUGAUGAACUCAGUGAUCCAUCCCUCCUUGUAAAAUGCCUCCACGGAAAGACCCAAAAUAACAAUGAAUGUUUGAACAAGCUAAUCUGGGAUCGCUGCAGUAAGGAAGUGUUUGUUGGCAACUUGUGUUUUUUUGCCCGAUUUACCAUACUAGGCAAUCUCUAAUAACCAAUAAUGGUGUAGUUUUUACAUUGUAACAUUUUUUAUUAUCAAUGUCAAAACUGAACCACUAUUAACUUUCUUUUAAAUAUUCAAUGUCAUAGGCUGGCAACAGUAAUAGUCAAAGUGAUGUAAGAUUUAAUGGUGCUACAACUGAUACCAAACCUGUUGUUAUCGACUUGACUAGUAGUCAAUCUCCAAAGAAAAAGACCUCGAGAAAAAGGUAAUUUACAUAACUGGGAGUCAACCCUUGUUAAUUAGUAACUAUUUUCGGUAGGAUGAAUGGAUUGUUGUGUCGGUGACAUAGAGAGAGAACAGACCUGUUGUGCCUAAAAGUGAUCAGCAUAUAUCCGGGAGGGGUGGAUAGCGCUUUUGAUGCGAUUUGAUUGGUUGCCCAGCUCCGUAUAUCCUUGCAUUAUCCACUGGUGAAUAAUUGUUAAUUAUUACAUACCAAUAGUAACAGUUUAUGUCAGACGAGAGCAUAUAAUGUGAAAGUGACAAAAUUCAACUGCUUCCUGACAACAGCUCUUAGCAGUUUAUUCAAUGAUGAAUAAUAUAAUUGUCAAGUUAUAAAGCAAAAAUUAUUGAAAUUAUUGGUCCACAAAACAUGCCGUUUCUUUAAUGUCCCAGUCAAUUAAUAUACAGAACAUAUAUAAGUAGUAUAUUUUGCCCAUUACAGUAGUGCAUGAAAAACAUGCUUUGAAACUGGACAUUUUAGUUGAAUUUAACUGAAUGAAACCGGACAGAAAAAUUCUAAUGGUUUGAUUUUUCAGAAUUUCAAAGGUAAAGAGAGAGUUUGUCCAGAAGAAAGUUCUUCCAAAGAAAGUGAUGGAACAACCAGAAAGAAACAACGAAAGAUGUCAAUUUGUACAUGGGACAAUGUCAAAACGCAGUCGGUUCACUAACUCCCAGAGGGAAUAG